ACUGUGUUAGCUGCAGAACGGCAACGUUACGUAGAAAAAGGAAAGGAUUCGAUGAUUUUCCGUAUCGGUAUCUCUGGAAGUCCCGGUGUUGGAAAAUCAUCAUUCAUCGAAGCAUUUGGUAGAGAGCUUACAGAAAAGCGCGGACUCAAGAUUGCUGUGCUUACUAUUGAUCCUUCAAGUGCCGUAACGGGAGGGUCUGUGCUUGGUGAUCUGACAAGGAUGCAGGAACUAUCACGGAAUCCGAGAGCGUACAUCAGGCAGUCGCCCACAAGCGGAUCACUUGGUGGAGUAACGAGAGGUAUCCACGAAGCCAUAAUUCUCUGUGAAGGAGCUGGUUAUGAUGUCGUUGUCAUCGAAACUGUUGGUGUUGGUCAGUCUGAGGUAUCUGUGGUUGAUAUGUGUGAUAUGUUCUGUUUACUUCUUUCUCCUGCUCAUGGGGAUGAGCUGCAGUCGAUUUUUGCAUAA